CGAUCGCCCUUUUACCAACCCGACCCGGAUUUCUCCUUUAAAUAGCCAGCUACCCCGGCGCACCAAAAACCCUAGGGUUGUUUUUGGCCGCACUGUCUGUUUCCUGAAGUUUUUAUCGGAGCUUCUCUAGGAAAAUCUUCCGCAGAGCAGUUUGGUGAUGGCACCAAAACAGCCUAAUACUGGCCUUUUUGUGGGUCAAAAUAAAGGACAUGUAGUGACAAAGAAGGAAUUGGCUCCACGUCCUUCUGACAGAAAGGGGAGAACUAGCAAGAGGGUCAGUUUCGUGAGAAACCUCAUCAGGGAAGUGGCUGGUUUUGCUCCUUAUGAGAAGAGGAUUACUGAGCUUCUAAAGGUUGGGAAAGAUAAGCGUGCACUAAAAUUGGCAAAGAGAAAGUUGGGUACUCAUAAGAGGGCUAAGAAGAAGCGUGAGGAGAUGUCUUCUGUUCUACGGAAAAUGAGAGCCGGGGGUGCUGGAGAGAAAAAGAAAUGAGUGCUUAGCCCAGAUGCUACAGGUCUUCUUGGAGUUUCCGUUCAACAUUUAGUGAUAUUUAUUUUGUGGUGUCUCUUAUCAUUUUGAAAUAUUGUUGAAGAGUUUUGAUAUUGUUUGGAAUCUAAACCUAAUGUGCUAAUAGAGUUGAAUUGAGUAGUGACUUGGUUA